AUGGCGGGUGUUUUGUCCAUUCUCUCUGAGCAUCCUUUUCAUAUCCUGGCUAUUGCCUUUGGUACAGCCGUCCUAUGGCAACUCCUCCUAGCCGGCUACAACCUCUUCCUCCAUCCCCUACGAAGGUUUCCAGGACCUGUCCUUCAACGCGCUUCUCCUCUAAUCUGGGCCUGGCAACAUGCCACAGGCUAUCAAGCCUUUCGAACCCAGUUCCUCCACGACCGAUAUGGCCCCAUAGUCCGUAUCAGCCCAAAUCACCUGUCCUUCACCGAUGUGACGGCCUGGAAAGACAUCUACGGCUUUCAAAUCGGGAAAGAGCUGGCGGAAAACGAGAUCCCCAAGUCGCAGCUCUUCUCAACGACGAUCAAGAAUUUACCCACGAGCAUCAUCAAUGCCGAGCGUGAAGAGCACCAGCGGUACCGGCGGGCGCUAUCCCAUGGUUUCUCGGAUAGCUCUAUGCGAGCGCAAGAAGGCAUUAUCAUGAAGUACAUCGAUAAACUGAUUUCUCGCUUGCAUGAGAACUGCGACGGGAAAGAAGCGCCGCUUAAUGUGGAGGCUUGGUAUAACUGGACAACGUUCGAUAUUGCCGGCGACCUAAUCUUUGCGCAAUCGUUUGGCUGUCUCGAUCGCUCAGACUACCACCCCUGGAUUGCCUUCAUCUUCAAAACUAUCCGAUACAAUGCCAUCAUGACAGCGAUGAAGUAUAUUGGCCUUGAUCCUGUUGUCCAAGGCCUCUUCCGGAUCGGUGGUCUUGCUGCGAUGAUGCAGUUACGUGAGAGCACCGAUAAGAUGAUGCAAACGCGUCUUGAUAUGGAUCCUGACCGGAAGGAUUUGUUCGAGGGACUCUUGAGAAAGAAAGAAGAAUGGGAAUCCAAUGGUCUCAUUCUCGUCCUCGCCGGUUCGGAAACUACGGCUACAACUCUGGCCGGCACGACAUAUCUUCUGUUGAGAAAUCCCAAGGUCCUGCAGAAACUUAACGAGGAGGUCCGAUCGAGCUUUAGCGACUCUAGCGAGGUCACCAUCAACUCAGUGAGCAAGUUGUCAUACAUGCUCGCUGUUCUCAAUGAAGCUUUGCGUAUGUAUCCUCCCGUGACGUCAAACCUCAUUCGAGAGGUACCGGCGUUUGGGUGUCAGAUUGGCGCAGAACAUGUGCCUCAAGGAACUUUCGUCGAGAUCCAGCAAUGGUCCGCGAACCAUAGUCCAGACAACUGGACCAAGCCCUGGGAGUUCAGGCCGGAGCGCUUCCUGGAAACUAACAAAGAGGAACACAACCAUUUAGACGCACUUCAAGCAUUCAGCGUUGGCCCACGCAACUGCAUUGGGAAGAAUCUCGCGUAUGCAGAGAUGAGGUUGAUUUUAGCCCGAAUCGUUUUUGACUUUGAUCUUCAACUGGCCGAAGGAAACGGGUCCUGGAUUCAGAGGCAAAGAGCAUUUGGUUUGUGGGAUAGAAUACCGCUGAAUGUCUACUUGAAGCCAGUUGCGCGUGAAGCCCGCGCAUAA